AUGGGGUUGAACGUGGUGUUGUUGGCCCAGGCACUAGGCGCGCUCGCAGCGUUCUACGUUGCAAAAUUUCUUAUCCGGCUGAUCCAGGUCAGGUCGAGAGUGCGGGCCGUCUCCAAAGAUCAUGCAGUGGAUGUUCUUCCGCACUCGUUCAUCUUUGGCCACCUAUUGCUUGUUGGCAAAUUGAUGGCAAAGCAACCUCCGGGACUCAAUGGCCAAGUGCUCCCGCUUUUACUGUUGAGAGAAUACCCGGACCUCUGCAAGAAAGGGCUAGUCUACGUAGACACCUGGCCCAUCGGCCCGCCCAUGAUUGCCGUCUUUCACCCAAAGAUUGCAGAUCAAUUCACACAGGAGCGUUCGCUACCAAAACAUUCCAUGAUGAAAGAGGAGUUUCACCCACUGACGGGCUGCGAUGAUCUUGUCAACAUGGAGGGCCAGACGUGGAAGACAUGGCGGGCCGUGUUUAACCCAGGGUUCUCAGCUCGGAACAUCCUCUCAUUAGUCCCUGCAAUGGUUGAAGAAGCAUUAGUUCUCAAAAAGUCUUUCGAGGCUCUUGCUGACUCGGGAGCAACUGUUGCUCUGGAGGACGGUGUUAUGAAGGCCACUGUAGACGUCAUCGGCAGAGCGGUUCUGGGGACUCGCCUCAAUGCACAAACAACAAACUCUCCCGUUUUCAGAGCUCUGCAGAAGCAGAUUGGCUUGCUGAUCCCAGACAAUAGCCCGCCUAAUCUCCUAAAGUCUAUCAAUCCCUUGCGGCCGUUUCAGAUGCUUUACUACAACUACGUCAUGAAGCGCGAGAUCGUUCCGCAUAUCGAGCGACAGCUCAAAGAAAACAUAUCAGAAAGAAGCAAUAGUAAUGGUCCCAAAACCGUCAACAGUCUAGCAAUAACUUCCUACAUCAAAGAGGUGUCCGCAGCUGGCUCCAAAGCCGAAGCGAAGCUCGACUCUCAAUUCAUCGACAUUGCCGUUUCUCAGCUCAAGAUAUUUCUACUUGCAGGUCAUGAUACCACGGCUAGCGCUCUCUGCUUUGCCUGGUAUCUUAUGAGCAAGUAUCCCGCUAUUCUCGAGAAGGUGCGGUCCGAACAUGAUGAAGUCCUUGGGAGCGAUGCAAGCGCCGCAGCAUCUCGGAUUGUCGAGAACCCCGCGUUGCUGAACCAUCUUCCCUAUACCAACGCCGUGCUGAAAGAAACGCUCCGCCUCUACCCACCAGUCGGGACGGUACGACAGGGAGCUCCCGAUGUGUUUAUCACCGACCCGGAAACAGGCGAGCGAUUCCCCACCGACGGGUUCAUGAUGUUCGUGGCAUCGCAAGCGAUGCACAGAUGGGACACGCUUUGGCCAGAACCUGACACAGUCAUUCCUGAGAGAUGGCUAGUCAAGGAGGGCGAUCCUCUUCACCCAGUGAAGAGUGCAUUCCGACCCUUUGAGCUGGGUCCUAGAAAUUGUAUUGGCCAGGAGCUGGCUUUCGUUGAGAUGCGACUCAUCUUGGCGUUGACUGUGAGAGAGCUUGAAGUUGUGCCGCAAUUUCCCGAGGACGCGCCAGAGGUUUUUGGGGAGAAAGGUUUCCAGUGGAUGACAGGAACACAGAUCACCGCUCAUCCUAAGGAAGGGAUGCCAGCUAAGAUCGUUAGGAGGUAA